GCAGGGAGGAGCCAGCCACUCUUUCCUCUCUUUCUUUUUCUCACUCCUUUCUUCCCUGACACUCCUGUGGAUUUCAUUCCUGGCAGAGAACCGGCCAACAGUCCUCCAAAGGAAUCCAAGAGAGAGACUGGGAAAAACAACAACAGGAAAGCAAGGCAAGGCAAGAGUUGGAGUCGGAAAUCAGAAACACCAGCCGGAAUUGAGGAAGGAAUCGACUCCAGAAACUCCAGAAACUUUGGAUUUUGACAGAUAAAGACGAGCAAAGCUUUCUCCGUUCUGUCCUGCUCCCAUUUCCGCAAUGCUGGAAGCUCCUGACAUGUUAUUUUUGCUCAUUUUCCCAUGGGAAAGGAAGCCGUGAACUAUCAGAAAGUUGGCACGAGAAUAUUGGGAUUUCAGCGCCACAUUUUUUCACAUUGUUGCUUCCUGGGCGAAAAGUAACCCGGCACAAAACCUGCUUUUUAGUGCACUGAGAUGAUGAACAAACCGAGAAAACGGCUAUAACAUUUAAAGAAUUCUUAAUAUAUAGUAUAAUACACAUAUUUGCAAGGAUUGGACCCAAAGGGGAAAGUGUUUACAAGGGGUUGUUAAGGGCCCCGGUUAGAAACCUUAUUAGCUGCUACUCAUCCGACUCAGGGAUACGCUAAAUUAUUUCUCCUUUCUAUUUAUUGUGGUUUUAUUUUGUAAGUAAAAGAAAGCAAGCAUGGCUUACUCCCAGGUCCAGUGUCUGGACGACAGCCACGUCAAUUGGAGGUCCUCCGAAUCCAAGCCGGAGUUCUUCUACAGCGAAGAGCAACGCUUGGCCCUGGAAGCUCUGGUUUCCAAAGGACCGGAGGCCUUCUACGAGGUCCUCAAGAAAGAGAACAUCCGGGAUUUCCUCUCCGAGCUGGAACUCAAGAAGAUCCUGGACAACUUGGAGACCUAUGACCCCGGGUCGGAGCACGUACGGCACGGAGAGGAACGCUCGGACCUGAACGGAGAUGCGGGACCAGAGCACUCUUUGGAGUAUUGGCCGGAGAAGUCGGACCGGUCCAUCCCGCAGCUGGACCUGGGCUGGCCGGAGACCAUCGCUUACCGAGGGGUGACCAGGGCCACCGUCUACAUGCAGCCCCCCAUUGACUGCCAGCCCCACAUCAAGGAGGUGGUCCGAAAGAUGAUCGCUCAAGCCCAGAAGGUUAUUGCCGUGGUCAUGGACAUGUUCACCGACGUGGACAUCUUCAAGGACCUCAUUGAGGCCGGCUUCAAGCGUAAAGUGGCCGUCUAUAUCAUUGUGGAUGAGUCCAACCUGAAAUAUUUCCUCCAGAUGUGCGAGCGAGCCCUCAUGCACGCCGGGCACCUCAAGAAUCUCAGAGUCCGAACGACCGGCGGGACGGAGUUUUUCACCCGCUCAGCCACUCGUUUCAAGGGCGCCUUGGCCCAGAAAUUCAUGUUUGUGGACGGGGACAAAGCCAUGUGUGGCUCCUACAGCUUCACCUGGUCUGCUGCUCGAUGUGACCGAAACGUCAUUUCGGUCCUGUCCGGACAAGUGGUGGAGGCCUUUGACAAGCAGUUCCAAGAACUGUAUCUGGUGUCUCGAGGGGUCAGCUUGAAGUCCAUCCCAAUGGAAGAGGAACCUGAGCCGGAGCCCUUAAUCCUCCCGUCGGUGGCACCGGUCAAUCCUAACAACAACGCUGUGGUGAAGAAGAUGUUCAAUCCCAAGUACGCCCUGGUCAAGGCGAAGAGUGUAGAGCGGAUUGAAAGCAACGGAAAGGCCCAGAGCGACAAGAACCUCCCUGAACGGACACCGAAGGGGAAAGUCAUUCCGGAGGGACGGGUGUCCGAGAGGCCCAGCGAUCCAGUGGAAACGGCUCCCCCAAUCCACCCGGGGCUCCUGAACCUAGAGAAAGCCAACAUGUUCGACUAUUUGCCAACUUGGGUUGAGCCCGACCCAGAACCCGGGAGCGAGAUCUUGGGUUACAUCAACAUCAUCGACCCCAAGAUCAAGAACAUCCAGCUCUCGCAGAUGAACCGCAUCAAGGUGUGCGACGUGUCCCAGGCCAACGCUCAACACCGGCAGAUGCUGAAGCAGAAAGAAAGCCACAAGGGCCACCAUCCAAGCUCUCCAAACCAAGCCAAAAAUGCAUUGCCUCCCUCUCACCAAAACCAAGAGACUCCAAUUAAUCAUACGGAUGGAACAACGAAUCUUGCUGAGAAGAUGUCAACAAAUGGAGAAACCCUGGCCAACGGUCAGCACUUGGAAGGACAAAGUCAAGACCAAACUCACCAUGACGGGGCUGUGCCACCGGUGCCAAAACCAAGAACAGUCCCUGUGACAGAACUGAUCUCCCCAAAAAACUCCAAAGAACAAGAUUCUGAAUUAGAGGGUCACCAAACCGAGAGCAACGGUGCCAAUAUCGUAGAUGGAGAAGGUCCUCAUGUUUCGGGGAUUUGUCGACAGCUAAGCAGGCAAGAGGCAGUGUCUGAAGACAUGACCCAUCCUGUAAAUGGGGUACAAGGGGAUGAGGCAGAAGAUGGAGAGGAGGAAAAGGAUGACCACGUGGUCUUCAGCGGUCCAGAGAGUGUGUCCGGCAGCUCCGCCAACCACAGCUACCUCCCCUCUGAUGCGUCGUCCGUCUCAGAUGAGUAUUUUGAGGCCAGGGAUCAUCCCAUGCUUCUGCGGAGGACCAAUUCGGAUUUCCUCCUCAACGGGGACCACCACCGCCAUCGGCCUCCUGUGCAACGAAAGCUGAGCGAGCCCCACAUCAGCCGAGGGACCUUCGUGAGCCCCUUGGGGAGUCCCCAGCCCCUCCUGAGCUUGGCUUUGGAAGAGGCCCGUAGGCGGAAGAGCGACGAAGGCAUGGGGGAGAUGAGGUGUGUUUUGGGAAGGGGCCGUAAUCCGCAUGCUUUCCCCGACAGCAAUGGGCCACAGUUGUUCUGCUACGGAUCCAGGGUGCAAAUGUCCCCCAGAAGAGGCCAAAGCGGACCCUCGCAAAGCCCCAAAGACGCCCAAUUCCAACGGGAGAUCAAAAAUGUGCCCUCGAGCCCCACCGGCCAGCCGUACUGGCAAAGGGAAUCCUUCAGUUCCAGCAAAAACUCCUACGGAAGGGGGUCCGGGGGGCCCUUGCCGACUCCCGGAUCGUGCCAAGAAACCCAAAGAGCGCCGGAAGAGAUAAAGACUCCCUUCGGCAUCCCUUUGUCCAAACUGUCGCAGUCCAAGCACCUCAAGAACAAGGCCGGGCAGUGGUCCAACUCCAAACGGAGCCGAAAGGGUCAAUGAGGCCGCCUUGGACGAUCUCCCUGUUUGGGAUUUUGAUUCUUUUAGGAGCUCCAAUACCCACGGAAAUAGGGUCGGCGCA